AUUUGGCCAGGAGAGGUUAAGGUUUCCGAUAUACAAACAAGACUAUUGCUCUUAUCUUAUCGUUGCAUGCUGUUUGUAUCGCGGAGAGAAAAUAAGUCAACCCGGCAGGCUGGUCGUCGUCGUUUGCCGAACCUACCGUAAUCAGUUGACGGUGCGACACCAUUCGAACAGGGGAUGCGAACGCUAGUGUACCUACUGUCAACCAUUCGGAAGUGUUAAUUUGUGGUGCUUUAUCGUGGUAAAGUGUUUGUUGAAUUGAACGUGAUCGAUGUGUUAGAAUACCGAUACUCUGUGUCACCGUGUGGGGAAGAUUUGAAGCCUGACCAGUUGAACUAUUGCAAUCAACGCUGUGCGCCGCUGUUGUUGGUGAAAUCAUCCAGCUGAAAACGGUCAACAGUUGUCCAGUGUUUGAAGGUCUCGCUUAUGCUUACUGCUUACCAAAGAUACGAUCGCUGACUUUGAUCAAAUUCGAUCAGAUGACAGCAUUCAGCGGUACCACCAACUAUAAGCCACUACAUCCGAACGAUGUUGAAAUGAUUGCGCGUCGUUCGACACUACUCCGGACGGUGCUGCUGCUGGUGAUCGUAUUCUUUGUGCUGUUCUGUCUCAUGGGUUACUAUUACCAUCCGGCAGGGGAUGAAAGCUAUGCACGGAAUCAGUACCUGGCCGAGGGUGCAUCACAUGAAGCACUUCUGCGGCGGCUAAAGACGAUACUCAACUGCAACACACCAUCCAACGGCUACCAGCUGGAAAUGCACGGCGAUCACUAUCUGUUGCGUAAUUUCCAUGCCCCGGAACGGACAUUCAACUGCUACGAAACCAUAACCUAUACCACACACGCAGAUUACACCUUCCUGGACAAUGUGGUCCCACUUUUGCAGCGUUGGCUUGCACCGAUCAGUAUUGCGCUAUAUGCUCCUGGUGAAGAUUUUGGUCGUUCGGUAGCACUGAUCCAGUAUUUGUUGCAGUGCCACAAGCAGAGCGCACUGGUACAGCAGUACGUCAGCUUUCAUCUGUACUUUGAGUUUGAACAUCUUCCCUACCGUCUGAUUGCUUACUAUCGUGAGAAGAUUAGAGACCCACUAGAUUGCUCUAAUGCGACAAUCGCCUGGAAUACACUACUCGAUAAUGGUGCCGAACCGAUAGCUACCUUCCGAUCAUCACAAAACCUAACCUAUCCGGUUAACGUGGGCAGAAACGUAGCCCGAAGUUCGGCCAUGACACAUUUUGUGCUCGCGAGUGACAUCGAACUGUACCCCAACCCGAACUUUAUACCGAUGUUCUUGCGUAUGAUUGCCCACCCGUUCUAUCAGUACACGCUGCACAAUCCGAGCGUGUACGUACUGCCAGUGUUUGAGGUAGCCGAAGAUGUUGCAGUUCCUACAGAUAAAACCCAAUUGCUGGAGUUCCUCGAACGGGGAGAUGCAAUAAAGUUUCACGAGAAUAUUUGCUCCAAUUGCCAUACGGUGCCCGGGUAUGCUGAGUGGCUAACUGCGCUCAAGUAUGACCGCACGAUGGACAUACACGUGACGUCGAAAAGAGAAGGUGUGUACGCCUCCUGGGAACCGAUCUACGUCGGUACGAAGCACGAACCGGAAUACGAUGAGCGGCUAAGUUGGGAAGGAAAGGCAGACAAAAUGACACAGGGAUACAUUAUGUGCAUUAUCGGGUACGACUUUCACGUCCUGGACAAUGGGUUCUUGGUACACCGGCCUGGUAUAAAGACGAUCGCACAGGCGAACAGACCCCCGCAACAAGCGAAACAACGAUCAUUUAUGCGUAAAACAAUUGCUCAUGAAAUUGCUGCCCUUUACGGGACACGAGAAGGUUGCAAAAUUUAGGAGCACCUACUCUG